GCCUCACCUGUGUUCAUUUUGGUUUUCACUUUGAGAGAGAGAGAGAGAGAGAGAGAGGGAGAGUGAGUUAUCGGUGGCUCCCUAUUGCUCUGCGGCGGAUUCUGCGAAAGAAAGAGAUAAGAAUACAAACAACCAAAAUCAGGUCAGAAUACAUAAAGAGAGAGAGAGAGAUAAAAAGGCCUCAUCUUUCUUCGACUCUUGCUUUGGUUUUUUUCUUUGGCCAUGGCGGAGGACUGGGGCUGCCCGAAAUGGCGUCGUUUCGUGCUUGGAGUUUCUCCCAAUUAGCCUUUUUCUGUAGACUUAUCGAAUCUCCCUUCGUUUGAAUGUUUGGGCAAUGUAAAUACGGGAUUUUUGCGAGUAAAUCUGUUUGGGUUUCGUAGAGACGGUGAUUAAUAGACGAAGAUGUUGAAGGAGGCAGAGAAGAGCUUGGACUCGCAGCUAUGGCACGCCUGCGCCGGAGGGAUGGUCCAAAUGCCGGCGGUGAACUCCAGAGUGUUCUACUUUCCGCAAGGCCACGCCGAGCACGCCCUCGCCGCCGUCGAUUUCGGCGCAUUGCCGAGGCUCUCGCCGCUAAUUCUGUGCCGAGUUGCCGAUAUCAAGUUCAUGGCCGACCCUGAAACCGACGAAGUCUAUGCGAAGUUAAGGCUAGUCCCGAUCGGACCCAACGAGCCGGAGUUCGACGAUGAUGGGUUUCUGGGUAGUGAUGGAUCUGAUUCCUCCGAGUCGCCGGAAAAACCGGCUUCCUUCGCGAAAACACUGACCCAGUCGGACGCGAACAACGGCGGCGGGUUUUCGGUGCCCCGCUACUGCGCCGAGACUAUUUUUCCGCGAUUGGACUACACGGCGGAUCCACCGGUUCAGACCGUCGUGGCGAAGGACGUCCACGGCGAAACGUGGAAAUUCCGGCACAUUUACCGCGGGACACCGAGAAGGCAUUUGUUGACGACGGGGUGGAGCAGCUUCGUGAACCAGAAGAAGCUGGUGGCCGGCGACUCAAUCGUGUUUCUCAGGGCGGAGAACGGCGAUCUCUGCGUCGGAAUCCGGCGGGCCAAAAGGGGGAUUUCGAACGGGCCGGAGUGGAGCCCCGGCUCCGGCCUUUACGGGUCUUUCUCGGGUUUCAUGAGCGGGCACGAGUACAAGCUAUCAAGAAGCGGUUGUAAUGGGAAUUUGAGGGGAUUUGGAGGGGUGAGGCCGGAGGCUGUGGUGGAGGCGGCCAGUUUGGCCGCGGGCGGACAGCCGUUCGAGGUGGUUUACUACCCGCGCGCCGCCACGCCGGAGUUCUGCGUGAAGGCGUCGGCGGUGAGGGCAGCGAUGAGGGUUCGGUGGUGCUGUGGAAUGAGGUUCAAAAUGCCAUUUGAAACCGAGGAUUCUUCCCGGAUCAGCUGGUUCAUGGGCACUAUUUCUUCCGUACAGGUCUCCGAUCCAAUUCGCUGGCCUGAUUCUCCAUGGAGACUUCUUCAGGUGACAUGGGAUGAGCCUGAUUUGCUGCAAAAUGUGAAGCGAGUCAGCCCGUGGCUGGUUGAGUUGGUGUCGAACGUGCCCAUUAUUCCCACCUCACCCUUUUCGCCGCCAAGAAAGAAGUGGCGGCUCCUGCAGCACCCGGAACUUUCCCUCGACACCCAAUUUUCAAUUCCAUCAUUUUCAGGCACCCCCCUAGGGCCCAGCAGUCCUCUGUGUUGUCUAUCGGACAACAUUCCUGCAGGCAUACAGGGAGCCAGGCAUGCUCAAUUUGGGAUACCCUUUUCGGAUAUCCACCUCAAUAACAAACUGAAGCUGGGGCUCUUCCCAUCCAGUUUGCAGCCGCUUGAUACACAUGCUAAAAUCUCAUCUCGCAGAAGUAACCAUGAAAAUGUAUCUUGCUUGCUAACAAUGGGGACCUCCAAUAGUAAGUUGGAGAAAACUGAUGAUGCGAAGACCCCCCUGUUUGUACUCUUUGGCCAGCCUAUACUGACCGAGCAGCAGAUCAGUAGCAGCAGCUGUUCCAGCAAUGCAGCUUCACGAUCUGUCACUGGGAAAAUUUCCUCAGACGAAGCUCCAGCAAAGGAAAUAUCUGCAUUUAACCAGCAAGGCCUAGAUACUGGUCAUUGUAAAGUGUUCAUGGAUUCAGAGGAUGUAGGGCGCACGGUUGACCUAUCUGUUAUCGGGUCCUAUGAGGAGCUGUACAAAAGGCUGGCUAACAUGUUUGGAAUAGAAAGAUCAGACAUGCCAUGCCAUGUGCUCUACCGGGAUGCAACCGGUAAUGUCAAACAAACUGGAGAUGAACCUUUCAGUGAUUUCGUAAGAACAGCGAAAAGAUUAACAAUUCAUCUGGAUUCCGGCAGCAACAGCUUAGGAAGGAAAUGGUUCACUGGGUCGCGAAACGCCGAGAGUGGACUGGAUUCUUCGAAUCAGACCGGGCCGUUGAGCAUCUUUGCCUAGUAGGUUUUCCUCAUCUGGUGCAGCAUCAAUAAUUGGUGAAGAGAUCACACUCUCUUUGCCGCCUUCCACGUGAAACUCCAACUUCCACUUAGACUUACUGCUCUAAGUAUGUUUCCUAAGGCAGAUAGACAGAUGAUAUAUGCUUUGUUGAAUGGUGAUGUGAUUCCUAAGGUGUAUUUACUAAGUCCAUAAGACAUUGUUGCCUUGACUUUCUAUGGAUUGCGUUAUGUCUAUUCACAGCUUAUUUCUCA